CGACCGGGCGUCGUCGCGGGGUUCGCGGGCGGCGGCUGCGGGAACGGGAGCCGUGGGGACGGACCUCCGCGCGGCCGUGCGCGACGAGCAGACUCCGGCGUGGCGUUUGUUCCUUGUGGUCACUCCAUGGAUUCCUUUGGACAACCUAGAGCGGAAGAUAACCAGUCAGUAGUCAGCAGGAUGCAAAAGAAAUACUGGAAAACGAAACAGGUCCUCAUCAAAGCCACCGGGAAGAAGGAGGAUGAGCACGUGGUGGCAUCGGACGCAGAACUGGAUGCUAAACUGGAGGUUUUCCACUCCAUUCAAGAGACAUGCACUGAACUUCUGAAGAUAGUUGAGAAGUACCAGCUAAGACUCAAUGUUGUAUCAGAGGAAGAAAGUGAACUAGGGCUCUUUUUAAAGUUUCAAGCAGAACGAGAUGCAACGCAAGCUGGCAAACUGAUGGAUGCCACGGGCAAGGCACUCUGUUCCUCAGCCAAGCAAAGAUUGGCCCUGUGUACUCCGCUGUCUCGUCUUAAGCAAGAAGUAGCAACGUUCAGUCAAAGGGCAGUAUCCGAUACCUUGACGACAAUUAAUCGCAUGGAGCAGGCACGCACGGAGUACAGAGGGGCUCUGCUGUGGAUGAAGGACGUGUCCCAGGAGCUGGACCCAGACACCUUAAAGCAAAUGGAAAAGUUCAGAAAAGUCCAGAUCCAAGUGAGAAGCAGCAAAGCUUCUUUUGACAAGUUGAAGAUGGAUGUCUGUCAGAAAGUGGAUCUCCUUGGAGCCAGUCGCUGCAACAUGCUCUCCCACUCACUCGCUACCUACCAGAGAACACUGCUGGGAUUCUGGGAGAAAACAGCUCGAACGAUGUCCCAAAUCUACGGGGCCUACAUUGGCUUACAUCCAUAUGACUUUGUGGCCCUCAAGCAACUGCAAGACACUUCGAGCAAGCUUGAGGGAGACCACAAAGAACAAGUAGAAAACAGUCCACUCACUGAAAACCUCAGCAGGUUAGUUUUGUCAGAUGAGGAAGUGAACUUGAGAAGUGAAUCAGUUGCAAAAGAUUUACCUGGAGAUUCACUAGAAGAUGAUUUUGAGAAGGAAUUCUCAUUUCUGAACAACCUCCUAAGUCCUGCUUCUUCAAGUUCUAGCGAAUUUACUCAAGAAUGCCAGACCGCCUUUGGGAGCCUCACGUUCCAGGAGCCUCCCGUGGGGUCCGAGCCCCUUGCUCAUUCCCAACGAUUCCUUCCUUCCCAGCUCUUCGACCUUGGCCUCCAUGCUGCUGGAGCCUUCAACAGCUGGGCCUCCAGAGGGGGAUUCGAACCUCCUCUCUCACACACUGAUAGUCAGCCAGUGCCUUCACAGAGUCCAAAGAAAUCAACAAAAUCUCCCAACCAUGGUAACCAAGGCAUGUCAGCCUGGUUCAACCUAUUUGCAGACAUGGAUCCGCUUUCAAACCCAGACGCCAUUGGACACUCGGAUGAUGAACUUCUUAAUGCUUGACUGACGUUCCGAUGCCACUUCAGAGGCCUUGAGACAUCAACUUCUCCACAUCUUGCCUUCGUGGAAAGGAGUUCUUAUUGAAUCCAUACACAAAAGCAUUGCUUGUGAAUAUGUAACCCUUGUCAGCCAGCUUUAGACAGAUGGUAAGGACCACAUUUGAAUACACUUGUCUCUUUAAUAGCUUGGAUUUGCAGCUGUUGAUAAUAUGUGGGAAAUAUUAGGAACUCCUUAGUUUGAAAUAGAUUUAGAAGUUUAUUUUGAAAGAACAGCUGGGAAGAAUUCUUCCGUAAGGGAUUGGGCUUAUUUCUCUGGAGAGCCCUUUAUUCAAGCUGCUUUGCUGGCUGUGAGAAUUCUUUAUGUGGAUAACAGACAGCAGUUAAACUGGGUUGUGAUUUAGGGUUGGGUUUUAAAUAAAACAGUGGCAAGGAGAGUUCUCUGUUAUGGAAAACAGCACUAGAGCCAGGCCAGUUUUGUCUUUAGUUAGAAAGGUAGGAUAAGGCUGGAGAACUCAAUUUGCUUUAAAUUCACAGAGAAACUUGGUGCUUGUUUUCUCCACUUAAGAGACUAAAAUGUAAUAUUAAAUUUUCCUUCAUAGAAAAUCAUGGACACCCCUCAAUCCAUUAUCGAGUUUUCGGGGGGAAGUAGCAGGAUGACUUAUUUGCUAGGUCCAUCCACUGUAGAAACAGAAAAAUCUCUCUCCAUUCCAUCAACCACAAGAGUGUCCAGACACAUUGCCAAUGUAAUGGGCAGUAUUCACAUUCCCCCUGAGGAGGGGGGCGGACACGCCCUAAGCAACUGAUAACCGUGUUCCUGAAAUUACCCAGGAACUUCUGUCUGAAUGAGGGAGACAGCCUAAACACCCUAUCCUCGUACCUAUUUGCAGGUUUACAUAUUUCUUGACGUGUUUUUAUCACAGAGUACUUCCUGCUGGAAUCACAGAAAGCUGACCCCUAAGGGAGUGUCUUAUCCUUCCCUUUUCCAUUUGAGCGGCACCAUCUGAGGUGUCAUUGAUCGCUCAGGAAAACCUGUUAAACUCAGAGCGUUUUGAGCCUAAGUACUAGAGGGGAGGGUAUUUCAUUGAAGUUAGUGGAAGCUGAUGAACACAGAGCCGCCGUAUACACACAUCAAUCACUCAACUUCCUGCUCUCUUUUCUUCCAACCCUUUGGUUUGGGGGCAGUUCCCCAAGUGUGCUGUUUUUGUCAUCCAGACCAUUGCAUCUCCAUGGGAAAACAUUGAGCUUAGCUGUUCACAGAAGUUUCAAUAUGCUCUUAGUUCUGAAGAGGCUUGCUUAUUAUUUACAAGAGAACUGCUUGUCAAGUUGGAGUCGCUGUAUGGACCGGCAUAGGUAAAAUGCAGCCCACGGCUCAUCCAGAGGGUCUGGCCUCAGGAUGGAACUGCCCACAGGCUCCCCAAAACACCCCACCACUGUGGCCGAGGACCGGGUAGGCGCGAAAGAUCUUAUCUGAGUGUCAGAAACAUGGACCCAGGAAAAGGCUAUGACGUCUUUCUUUGAAAUCUUUUCAUAUGCUUCUUCCUGUUUCUUUAUUUGCUUAUCCCUUCAGAAGUAUUUUUUUAACUCUUCUUUUUUUAUUCAGUGACAUUUCCCAGAAUGCAAUACUGUCUCUGUUCUGCCAAGAUCCAGUCACCAGGGUUAUGAUUACGAUUCACAAUCUAAAUUUUAUACCCGUGGUGACUCUGCUCUCACUUUGAGUAUUUCAGAAAACGCUGACUCUAUGCCUUCAGUUUGUGUCAUUUUUACCUUUACUAAUUUAUUUCACUAAUGCAUUAGUUCAAAUAUAUUUAUCUUCCUCACAUGCAUACAAAGCAGUCCCUGUUAUCUCGUGCAAACGAAGACACCAUGACACAGAGGAAAAGCACUAGUCUCUCCAAGCCAGAAUCCCGAAUACCAGACUAUGGAAGUGAGGAGAUGCUGCCCUCAAGUUCCCAAGAGCAAAGGUUCUCAAACAAACCAACAAACAAACCACAGCAACAAGAAGAAAGACAAGAAAAGAAAAAUACAAGGGAUUUUUAUUAUUCAGUUCUUGUGUCUCUGACAUUUUCAACACAAUAGAGUAUGUAGCUGUCCAUUUAACCCAAAUGCAUUAUUAACUGCUCUUUCAGCAAGUCUAGUUAUACCUUCAGCAGGCCUUAGCAACUGUUUUCGAAGAGCACAUUGGAAACUUUGUUAUUAAAAUGAAGGUAACCCUAUUUUCUCAAGAUUACUUAUUUGAAGCCCAUUCAUUUGUUUAGGGGCCAGAAACCGAAAUAGGAUUGUUUUUAUGCUUAGAUUGCUAAUAAAGAAAGACAGCCACAUAUUCAGUAGAGAGUGAAGGAAACUACAGAACAGUUACUAUUUGUCUAAAUCUAGAUCAACCAUGGAAUAAGAAGCAAAUUAACCUUACCCAAGCGUAGGCUUUCAAAGUAAAUGGAUGCUUUCUAUAUUAAAGGGGGAGGAGGGGAGAUAUACCUUUUAAUUCCAAAUAAGAAUGCAUUUAACCUUAGACCAGCCACAGAAUGAAAUUUUGACUAAUCUCGCUACAACCACUUCACAAGAAAGGCAGGAGUACCAGGGCAUGUUAAGAUCAGAAGGUGAAACUUUAUAUUUCUUGGAAUCUAUCAUUAACUGUAAAACAUAGUUCUGAUACGGUUAGAAACUGUAUUUUAGCAAAACAGGUUUCAGUGUUUGCACAAUAUAGUGUUUGUAUUUCAACUAUGGACGUUUAUUUCACAUAACUAUCUUUACAGACCAUCUGGAAACGUAGAGGUCUCACAGCAUAAGGACAAAUGAAGUUUGAAUGUGCUCUAUUUUUCUGAGCCUCUUUUAACAAAGAUUAUGGGAUGGCAUAAACGGAAAACUUUAUUUCCUAACGUUCUCAAUGCAGAUCCCAUUAUUGUUGCCCUGUUUCAAAACGUGGGUUUUUCCUGAGGACUGCAGGAGUGAGAAGGUCGUUUGAAUGGGUGUGUGUAUCCACCACAGAAUGAAAAUAAAACCAGGGCAAUUAA